CUGAGUGACUUGAGGGAACACCGGGGACACCCGCCUCGCACAGGUGACUAAAUGGUGGACUCUGACAAGUGGCUUUUAGUGAUGGCCAGCUAGGCAUGAGCGGCCCCCGAGGUCGCCUGUGACUUCUGGAAGUAGAGCUCUCCGCAAGUCCAUCAGUCGGGCUGCCCCGCUCAUGGGGCCCCGGGAGCCGCCGGGAGCCACGUGACUGCAGACCCCACCAGACCCCGCCGCCAUGGCGGGCGCUGAGGGCUUCCAGUACAGGGCGGUGUAUCCGUUCCGCCGGGAGCGGCCUGAGGACCUGGAGCUGCUGCCUGGAGACCUGCUGGUGGUGAGCCGGGUGGCCCUGCAGGCACUGGGCGUGACAGAUGGAGGGGAGCGCUGCCCACACAACGUGGGCUGGAUGCCCGGCUUCAACGAGCGCACCCGGCAGCGCGGGGACUUCCCUGGCACAUAUGUGGAGUUCCUAGGGCCCGUGGCUCUGGCUCGCCCAGGACCUCGCCCACGAGGCCCCCGUCCGCUGCCUGCCAGGCCCGGGGAUGGGCCCUCCGAGUCAGGUGAGCAGACACCUGGAAGAGGGACCUGCCCCUUCGGACCUUCAGGCGGGUCUUCAGGUCUCUCUGGCCUCGCGCUGGCGGAGCUGGCCGAGCUGGCAGAUCAGUUUUCCCCCCCUGACCCUGCUCCGCCCAUCCUGGUGAAGCUGGUGGAGGCCGUUGAGCAAGCAGGGCUGGACAGUGAAUGCUACAGCAGGCCGGAGCUGCCCGCCCCAAGGACAGACUGGUCCCUGAGUGACGUGGAGCAGUGGGAUCACGCCGCCCUGUGCGAUGCCGUUAAGGGCUUCCUGCUGGCGUUACCUGCAGCCGUGGUGACUCCUGAGGCAGCAGCAGAGGCGCACCGGGCGCUGCGGGAGGCUGCAGGACCCGUGGGACCGGUGCUGGAACCCCCAACGCUGCCGCUGCACCAGGCGCUCACACUGCGGUUCCUGCUGCAGCACCUGGGCCGCGUGGCCCGCAGAGCGCCUGCACAGGCCACAGCUGUCCACGCCUUGGCCAGUGCCUUCGGGCCGCUGCUGCUGCGCUCGCCUCCGCCAGGGGGCGACACCGAGGGGAGUGAGCCUGGGCCCGACUUCCCGGGGCUGCUGUUGGAGAGGCUGCUGCAGGAGCUCCUGGACGAGCAGGAUGCCGCCCCCCCAGCACUGCCACCCAAGCCCGCUAAGGCGAAGCCGGCCCCCACAGCCCUGGCCAAUGGAGGGAACCCGCCCUCCCUUCAGGAUGCCGAGUGGUACUGGGGGGACAUCUCCAGGGAAGAGGUGAAUGAACGGCUCCGGGACACCCCGGACGGCACCUUCUUGGUCCGAGAUGCAUCCAGCAAGAUCCAGGGAGAGUACACGCUCACCCUCAGGAAAGGCGGGAACAACAAGCUGAUCAAAGUCUUCCACCGCGACGGCCACUACGGCUUCUCGGAGCCCCUCACCUUCGGCUCCGUGGUGGAGCUCAUCUCUCACUACCGCCACGAGUCGCUGGCCCAGUACAACGCCAAGCUGGACACGCGCCUGCUCUACCCGGUGUCCAAGUAUCAGCAGGACCAGGUGGUGAAGGAGGACAGCGUGGAGGCCGUGGGCGCCCAGCUCAAAGUCUACCACCAGCAGUACCAGGACAAGAGCCGAGAGUACGACCAGCUGUACGAGGAGUACACGCGGACCUCCCAGGAGCUUCAGAUGAAGCGCACAGCCAUAGAGGCCUUCAACGAGACCAUCAAGAUCUUCGAAGAGCAGGGGCAGACGCAGGAAAAGUGCAGCAAGGAGUACCUGGAGCGCUUCCGGCGGGAGGGCAACGAGAAGGAGAUGCAGAGGAUCCUGCUCAACUCGGAGCGGCUGAAGUCUCGCAUCGCGGAGAUCCACGAGAGCCGCACGAAGCUGGAGCAGGACCUGCGGGCGCAGGCCUCGGACAACCGCGAGAUCGACAAGCGCAUGAACAGCCUCAAGCCCGACCUCAUGCAGCUGCGCAAGAUCCGGGACCAGUACCUGGUGUGGCUCACCCAGAAAGGCGCCCGGCAGAGGAAGAUCAACGAGUGGCUGGGAAUCAAGAACGAGACCGAGGACCAGUACUCACUGAUGGAGGACGAGGACGCGCUCCCGCACCACGAGGAGCGCACGUGGUACGUGGGCAAGAUCAACCGCACGCAGGCGGAGGAGAUGCUGAGCGGCCGGCGCGACGGCACCUUCCUCAUCCGGGAGAGCAGCCAGCGCGGCUGCUACGCCUGCUCGGUGGUGGUGGACGGCGACACCAAGCACUGCGUCAUCUACCGCACGGCCACCGGCUUCGGCUUCGCCGAGCCCUACAACCUGUACGCGUCCCUGAAGGAGCUGGUGCUGCACUACCAGCACGCCUCGCUCGUGCAGCACAACGACGCGCUCACCGUCACCCUGGCGCACCCCGUGCGCGCCCCCGGGCCCGGCCCGCCCGCCGCGCGCUGAGCCCCCGCCCGCCCCGUCCACGCCCUGCCCCUGCGGGGGUUUUCAAGCCAUAGCCCGAGGGCAGGAAGGAAGGAACUGCACUGGGCUGUUUCCAGGAACCCGGCCUGGACGCUCGGGGCCGGGCGGGACCCGCCCCGCAGACCCCAACUUCCCCUCCGAAGGCCGAAGUGAAACCAGGCCGGGGUUACCCCGCAGCUGCGCCCCUCUCCAGGGGGCAGGCGCAGGUCUCCAGCCGCCGCCCGGCCCGGCCCUGCCCCGGCCGUGCGGCCCCCUCCCCUUGGGGACAAGGACCCUGGGAGUCACUGCCCCUGGACCCCACACCUGCCUGGGCCACGGGCAGCGGGUUUUGUACGGUACGUUUAUUGAUACGAAUAUGACACAUUGUACCUGU